AUGCCCAUAUGUGGAUCCUCACACAUCCGGGACGAGGCGACAGAGAAGGCGCAUCGCUCCGCCGGCACCCAAGUCGGUCCCUUCCAAGAUGCGAGGCCACAAUCCUCUCAACCCACCAUUACUUCCGCAGUCGCUGCUGAUCCCGCCCUCGCUCCCUCGGCUGCCGCAAAGCAUCUCUUUCCUGUCCCCUCGGCUGCAAAACGAGGCGUCCUUCGUUUCAAGAUCAAAGAGCAGCUCGAAGAAGGCAGAGGCAAACAUUGGGUGUGGGACAAGGGUGCCGUCCAUCAUAGCAACCGCGAGCCAGAUGAUCAAGAGCUCGAACUUGUCCGUCUCAAAUACGGAUACAAACCAACCGAUCAAGGCGGGCCAUCUCGACUCUACCUCAUGAUCCUGGCCGAUUGUCUCCUUCCGCUUCCCCGCAACCCCAUGUCUGGUGUUGUCUCGCCCCCUCUUCUUGCUACCACUGGCAUCGCUCCUCUUUCCAUCUUUUCCACCGGCCCAGAUAUUAUCGGUCACUACUAUGAUUGCAUCGUCGCUGCACGCAGGGAGGUCAUUCUCCUCACAAACUACUGGCAGGGCGGCAAGAAUGUCGAUCGCAUUGCCGACGCGCUUCGAGAGCUCAACAGGCGCGUUCAGCAACGACGCAAACGUCAAGCGCUGGAUGCUCGAAGCAAUGGCCAGUCCACUUCCGCCGCCAAUCCAUCUCACACUCCCCAGCAAGAAAAAGCAGCCAAACAGCAAGCCGAUUUACUCCAUCAACAAGGCGCACCUGGCUCCAUCUCACGUACAGAGAAGGAUCACGACGGAUUCACGCAUGAUGACCAAGACAUUGAGCUCGGUCCACCCACCGCUGAAGAACGUGUCGUCGUCAAACUCAUGUGGGACCGUGGUCCUCAAACCUUGGCCGAUCUCUUCCGUCUGCGCAAACCCGUUCCACCAAGUAUGUGGAAGGCCAACGGCCUCCCUACAGAGAACGAAAUUCCCAACCUCACCAUGGAGAUUCUCAACUAUCACCGCCCCUUGAUGGGUACCUUCCACGCAAAGCUGCUCAUCGUCGAUCGUCAGGUCGCUCUCAUCAACUCGAACAACAUCCAGGAUCGUCCCAACGUCGAAGCCUGCGUUCGACUCGAGGGCGACAUUGUCAACUCGGUCUACGACCACGCGCUCAUCAGCUGGGGCAAUCCACUUCAACCUCCUCUUCCCUGUCUCACCGCUCCUGCCCCCGUCGCGCCUUCACCGGCCGCCUUUAUGACGGGUAGCCAGAGCACUCUUCCCUCACUCACCGUCGAGAAGCUUAAGCAGCUCGCACUCAACGUCAGGCAACGUUUGCACGACGAGGACACCGCCACCGAAGUCGAAAAGGAAAGAAGCAUGCAGAGCCCCAUGUCCUUCCACUUUGGUGACGUCGUCGACCAGGUUAUGCGUCGCGACAGCCUCGGCGCUACCAAGGGCGCUGCACCCGCGAUUCGUUUUCCAACGAACGAUCAGCACGUUGACGGCGAGAAAGCCGCUCGCAAUGCUGGUGCUCUGUGGGCUCAAAAGGUGCUGGGCGAGCGCUUCAGCCACUUUCAGAGCAGUACUUCGAACAAAGCCGACAAAUCAGACACGGAGCCACUACCUCACGACAAAGCAGGGCCCACUCAGCCCCCACAUCACAAGAAAAACUUUGCCGACAUGGUCGAAGCGCUCAUGAAAAAAGAAGGCCACAAGCCACCUGCAUGGGCCGAGGGGGCCCUCGAGGUGUUCGGUCUCGGUCAGAGUAGCUCCAAGAAUGUGGCCGAGGCUGUGAGACGCAAUCCUCGACCAAAGGCGGCAUUGGCCUCUGGUGUCAAUGUGCCCACGGCGGUAGCAGAGGAAGACCACGGCGAGCAGCUCGAUUGGCGUGGAUCCAUCGAAGUGGAAGAGGAGAGUCUCGAUGGUGCUCGUAGCCAUACAGCCAUCGACGACGGCUCGACGAGUCCGAAGCCGGCCCUCAGCAGUGUUGGCAGUGAUGAGGCCGCACCUGCCGUCAGCAAGGACCUUGCCGCUGCUGAGGAUGAGGCAGUUGGCAAAACGACACAGCCAUCCUCCGAGGAUAGCGCAAUCAGUGCUGCUCCUGCGAUCAGCGAUGGCGUUUUGCAGACCAGGCAGGAGGCUAUUACUGAAUCUUCGACAGCCAAGGAGAAGGAGGAAGUGCCGGGUUCGAUUGGCUAUCGACGAGUGCACCGUCGCACACUUUCACAAAUCUCGAAAUCGUCAGCGGCCGAGCGGUUGAGUGCAAUCACCAAGUCGCUCGAUUUUGCCAACAACUCGAAGGUGCAAGGCGAGAUCAAAGCCGAGCAGCUGUCGGACGAAAAGCUAUCUGCACUCAACGACGUGCUGGAUUUCCAGCCUUAUGUCUUUCACAAGCCGCACGAGCCGGUGCCUAUGGCACUGGUGAAUCGACGACCGCACGGUACGCCUGGUCACAGUGACAUUCGCAACCCACAAGAUGCUGCGUGGCUCGCCGGUUUCCGAUAUGCCAAGAAGCACGUGUUCAUCCAGUCGCCGACGCUCAAUGCCUCUCCUAUCAAAGCUGCUGUGCUCGCAGCAGUGCGCAGGCACGUCACCGUCGAGCUGUGGCUCGAUCUAGGCUUCAACGACAAGUCGGAAUCCAUGCCUUUCCAGGGCGGCACCAACGAGCAAGUGGUCACUGGCUUUUACCGCCAGCUGCGUCGCGAGGGUAAGGGCGACGAAAAGUACCUCGAGGUGUACUGGUACACGGGCAAAGAUAUGACGCGCCCGCUCAACGCUGUCAGGAAGCAGCGCAACUGCCACGUCAAAUUUGCAGCGUUUGAUGGCCAGGUGGCGGUGUUGGGCAGUGGCAAUCAGGACACGCAGAGCUGGUUCCAUUCGCAAGAGAUCAAUGUCAUGGUGGACUCGAAGCAGAUUGUCGACGAGUGGAUGGCGGCACUCACGCGUAAUCAGAGCACCAAGCUGUACGGCAUGGUCGAUCAGAGGGACGGCAUUUGGAGGGGGAGGGAUGGCCAGGAGCUCGUCGAUACUGGCAAGGACCAGGGCAAGGAGAAGGCCACAGCCACUCCACCGGCAUCCACCACCCCACCCGCCACACUCAAGGCUUGA